CGUCUAUAAAGCCCCGGCCUGAGCCGCACACGCUCUCACCUGAAACAUUCUCGGACCGUGAUUGAUUGCUUACCGUGAUGACAAUCGCCGACAGCUUCUUUGUCCCUCUGGAAGACACCGAGCACUUUGACAAGGAUGAUGCAACAUGCCCACAGUUCUUAGUGAGCAAAUCUCGCGGCUUUCUACCGCGCCAGGACCCGCUCGCCGAACUGCCAGCGGACUUCGCUACAUUGGACAGCCUCUUGAAGCGCAUGACCGUCCUACAGCCGCAAGAUCGCAAUGGCGACCGUUCCAUGGGGCUGCUCGGCACGGGCGACUUCGGAUCGGCGGUUCUCAAAGAGCUGCAACCGGAAGGCCGCGAAGUGCAGGCGGUGCGCGCCGCAAUCGCCAAAGGCGACUCGAGACUGAUCAGCGCUCUUUUUCGGGACUACUGCUUUGCGACUUCGGCUUAUCUUUUGGAGCCGGUUGAUGUUGCAUACCGCAAGACAGGAAGGUAUGCGCCAGGGCGUAACAGGCUGCCUGCCCAGUUAGCGGUCCCUCUCAAGCUGCUGGCCGACGAGCUUGGACAUUUCCCAUUCAUGGAAUACGCCUCGAGCUACGCAUUGAUGAACUAUCGAGUCAAGGACGACGACUAUAAGGGAUUCGCAGGAAGAUACUCAUUCGAAAAUCUCGAGCUCAUUCGUGCAUUCCAAGACGCAGAUGGCAGUGAGAAAGGCUUCAUCCUGGUGCACGUCGAGAUGGUGUCGUUUUCCGGGCAGCUGGUGUCGGCGACAGAAGCGGCCAUGCUAGCUGCGUCUCAAGACGACAUGCCCGCCUUCGAGAGCCAUAUGCGAAGGAUGCUGGAAACAUACCGCAAGAUUCAAGUGAGCAUGGAGAGCAUGUGGAAGCGCAGUAAGCCCCAAGAUUAUCUGAAGCUCCGUUCGUUCAUCUUCGGAACUGGUCCCAAAGACACCAAUCCCAUGUUUCCGGAAGGCGUAGUGUACGAAGGCGUAGACACCAAGCCAAUGCACUUUCGAGGCGAGAGCGGUGCAAACGACCAGCUUGUUCCUCUCGGGGACAAUUUCCUGGAGAUCACCAAGCACCACCCUGAUAAUGAUCUGACAAAGAUCCUGCGCGAGUUCAGAGAAUACCGUCCCGCCACUCAUCGCAGCUACACCGCAAGCCUCGAAAUUCGGGCCUCCGAGAUUGGGAUCCGAUCCCUGGCAAUGAAGACUAGCCCGCUCAGCAAAGCGCUAUACAUCCUCUUGGUCGACCAGAUCCGCGAAUUCCGAGCUCGUCACUGGCGUUUUGCCCAAGCCUACAUCAUCAAAGCCACCAAGUUUCCGUUGGCCACAGGCGGGAGCGAGAUGGCACGGUACCUCCCGAACAAUCUCAAAACCGUCUUACGAGUCCUCGAUGAGAGCAUUUCGGAAUGGUCUCAACUGGACUUUGACAGCUUGCAGAGUCUAGGCGCGGACGAGACGCUCCUGGCCGAGAUGGUGGAAAGGGUAAUUCGCGCAACUGACUACCAGCGCCAAGAGCUGGCUCAGGAAGUCUCUUUGCUGCAGGAAGAACGACGCAACGACCCGGACAGCGGCAUGCUCGACGCGAAGGCGGUACGCCAGCUCGUUGUUUAGCGCGGAAUCUGUAAAAGCAGGUUCAAGUGAAAGAAACAAGUCAAUCGAAUACGUCAGAGGAAGCGAGCAGUACGAUGAUCUAUCAAAACGGCCCUUGAUGUUGACGAAAACAUUUGGAUCUAAAUGCGGCGUCCUGGCGUGAUAACCAUUGAAAGGUCCGCACCGAGUUCUUCUGGACUGUCGUGAACAGAGGGAUGACUUUUUGAAUUAGAUGUCGAUUUCGUGGGCUUAUGUUGAUCAAUCUUUGAAAGUUAAAGCACAGAAUUCGGUGCCGUC